AUGCUUGCAGAAGAUCACUCUCAUGAGUUUCUCGACGACGAAAGUCAGCACUCGUUGGAAUCACACCAAUCGAACAAGAACGUUCUCUUGAAGUCUCACGGAAGACCUCCUUGGUACGGGGAAGAUGGCCUACCUAUUUGCGAUGUAUUCGUGAUCGGGAUAGCUGGCGGAUCAGCAAGUGGGAAGACUCACGUGGCUCGGCAAAUCGUUCGUUCAUUGGGCUCAGUACCGACUGUCGUUAUACUAUCCCAGGACAGCUUUUACAAGCGACUUACCGCAGAAGAGGUUGCGCUGGCGCAUGCGAAUCGACUUGACCUUGAUCGGCCGGAUGCUAUUGACAUGCCCGUGUUUGCUGCUUGUCUCGCGGACUUGAAGGCGUGUCGGCAGACCAAUAUUCCCGUUUAUUCUUUUGCCGAACAUCAACGGUUAGACGAGGUGAAGUAUUUGUAUGGUGCGGCUAUCAUAAUAACGGAAGGUAUAAUGGCUUUGCAUUAUCCAGAAUUACGCUCUUUAUAUGAUCUCAAGGUGUUUGUGCAAUGUGACUCGGACUUGAUGCUCGCCCGGAGAAUUCAACGGGAUGUCAAGGAACGCGGAAGAAGCGUUGAUGGGGUUAUCGAGCAAUAUCUUCGCUAUGUUAAGCCCGCGUACGAUAACUUCGUUUUACCAACCGCUCGCCAUGCAGACAUUGUUGUUCCAGGGUUGAACAACUCUGUUGCCAUUGACUUGAUAACGACGCACAUUCGACGUAAAAUGGCAGAACGGGUGAGACACUUCCGGAAACACAUGGUUUCUCAAUCAAUCGAGUGUUGCUUGAGUACGUCAGACGGCAACCCGGUGUCCAAGAACAUUAUAGUGCUCCCGCAAACACCCCAGUUAAAGGGUAUAUAUACCAUUCUUCGUGAUGGGACAUCGAACCGCCAGGAUUUUAUCUUCUUCGUAGACCGACUGGCAACGUUCUUGAUCGAGAAAGCCAUGGAACAUCUUCCUCACAGACCUAAGACGGUCACGACCCCAACAGAAGUAGAUUGCAUCGGCAAGGAACUUGACGUCAAGAACGUUUGCGGUGUCUCUAUCAUACGAUCAGGUGGACCUCUAACGAGGGGAUUACAGCGUGUCCUCAGUGACGUUGCAAUUGGCUCCCUCCUGGUGCAAUCCGAUGCCCAUACUGGAGAGCCACUACUUCUACAUGUGAUGCUCCCUAGAUGCUUGCGAGAACGACAUCUAAGCCGUCGAUGCAUGGAUCAUGGAGUCCAGCAAGAUCACAUCAUUUUCGUAACGUUUCUCAUUGCCCGCACUGGUGGUGUCACUGUGCUUCAGCGAGCCUUUCCAAAGGUUAAGAUUGUUACUGGUGCCGUCGAUGAAGGCCUCCGUGAGGCUUGGCUUGAACGUUACAAUGAAAAAGGCGAGGGCCAGAGCGAAGGGGAAGGGAAGAAAGUUUGGAUCAUAGAGCCUGGUAUGGGUCAAAUCGGUGACAGAUACUACCUCUGA